AUGGGCAGAGCUAAAUCUAAUGAGCUUCAUGAGAUCCUGACCAUACAGUCUCGACAAACAGCGAACCAAGAGACUCAAUCGUUGGGCUCAAUGGUAUCUGUUUCCUCCAUCAACGUGAGAACACUCCCAAAGUUUAUUUUACACAACGCCAGCAGAGCAACGCACGAAGUUGAUUUGUAUCUUAUUGGAUGUAUCGAAUCAUAUGUACACUCACCUACGACAACAUUCAUCGAUAUCGACAUCGACAUCGUCAUCACCAUCACUAUCACUAUCACGAUCACGAUCACGAUCACUGGCACGAAGAAGAACUUAGUUGGAGCUAAUUAG